UGACACACCUCCUAAAUUAAUAGAAUUCUUAAGAAAUCAAGAAUUAAAUCUUGAUGACGAAGAUUUUUCAUGCUUGAGAAGUCAAAAAAUUUCAGGUUCUAACUUUCUUCUAUUGAAAAGAAGAGAUUUAAUCGACUGUAAAUUAAAAGUGGGGUCUACUGUAACACUUUUAAAUUUAAUCGCCGAAAUUAAUACUACAAAAUCUCUUAGAAAGUUUAGGGAAUAUAAUGAAGUAGCGUUUCAGACCACAGUCGAAUUACUACUUCCCACAAAACAUUGGUGUUCUAAAUUACGUCUCGUAAUAGAUAGUUCAAAAAUAUCAGGUGAAGGUCGCUUUGGCUUUAUUGAUAUUUUCGUUAAUGAAGUAAAUGGAAAUGGUUUAAAUUCAAGCAUAAUAUUGGAACUGAAGUGUAUAUCAUUGGUAGGUCUUCUGAGUGGAGAAGAAGGAAGAUGA